CUAGACCAAACAAACUAAAACAGUCUAAACUAAACUAACCAGACUCAACAAACUAAACCAGACUAAACUAAAUAAAAAAAACUAACCAAACUAAACAAACCAGACUAAACUAAAUUAAAAAAAACUAACCAAACUAAACAAACCAGACUAAACAAACUAAACCAGACUAAACUAAACUAACUAGACCAAACGAACUAAAACAGUCUAAACUUAACUAAACCAGACUAAACUAAACACACAAUGAAACUUAAUAUUUGAGCAGCAAUGAAAAUUUCUGUUUUUUCUUAGAUCUAGAUUAAAAAAGGUCUCCUCCACACUAACAAAAAUGUUCUAUAUUAAUAAUUAAUGUUUUUAUAAUAAUAAUAAUAAUAAUAACUAACCCAUAUAACACAAAUCUGAGCUUUAAUGAGCUCAAGUAAAGUUUUAACUAAAUGGUGCCUGAAGAUGAAUCUAAAUGCCCACAGAGGUUAUUACAUUGAAACUGAAACAGGUUUUAACACUUUAACACUGCUUGAGUCUUUUAACGGCCAUGUCAUUGUGUGAAACAACGCCAUCAGACCUCCUACAUCGAUCCUAUUCAAACAUUUAAGUAUUAAUAUGUUUAAAGCAAACUCUUUAUGUGCAAAGUAACAUUUGGAUGGAAGGUGAUGUUAAAAAAUGAAAACAUCAUUUUCAGAAAGCAUCACUGGAAACGCUCUCACAAAAUGAAAUGAUGUGACUUUUAUAAUUUAUUUAUUUAUUUGACUCUACUGGAAGUUUUUCUUCCUGCACCAUUCACCUGCAGCGUGUCGCUGCAUUCGCACAACAGUGUUCCUGUGUCAAAUAAGCUCGUUUACCACUUGUUUUCAUCCCUCUCUUGUGUCUUCUAUUGUGGAAAAAUUCGGUUAGAAUCUUUGAAGUUAUUUCCUGUCACAAACACACAAUCAUUUCCUGAGCGAAGCCACAUUUUAGGUGAGUGCAUUAGUGCACAUGCGUGCGUCUUCUGAAGACGGAGGGAGGCUGCACGCAGGAGAUCAGAAAGGUUAGAGGUGAUGCAGAGCUGAUCUGAAGAGGCUGACACGGAGCAAGCACCAAAAGAGAGGCUGGAGAAACGGCCCGCUAGAAGAGAAGAGAGGGGUUUGCUUGCAGUUUAAUGAGAAGUUUAGGGUGAGGAACAGAGAGAAGAGAGAGCUGGCCUUUGGGAAAAGCAGUGAUGGAAAAGCUGCAAAUCUACCAUGGACCCAUCGGUAAGGAGGAGGGCGAACGGCGGCUGGGCCAGGACGGGAGAGACGGGUGUUACUUGGUCCGUGACAGCGACUCGGUACCGGGCGUCUUCUGUCUGUGUGUGCUGUGCAGAGGAUACGUCUACACCUACAGACUCCACCAGGACGACGCUGGCUCAUGGGCUGCAGAAACCACUCCGGGUGUGCAGAAACGGUAUUUCCGGCAAGUCAAGAACUUGAUAGCAGCUUUCCAGAAGGAAGGACAGGGCAUCGCCACCCCUCUGCUGUACCCCAUCACCGCUCAGAGCCGGGCGCAGGCCCACGGGAAGCGACAGACGCCCGGUAACAGCCUGUCGCCGACACACAGCGGCCAGACGCCUCCUCUCCAGCAGCGUGCCACACACGUCGCUCAGGGACAGAGAAACAGACCCAAGAAGGACUUUGUCUUCUAACCCAGCUUCUUUCCACCAAACCAUCUCCGCACGAUUCCUCCUUCUGUAUUUUCCACCCGUACUGAAGUAAAUGUCACCCUUUUUCCUGCUUUUAGUGACUCACACGUCGCUCUUUCUUGCAGUAUUUUCUGCACAUGCAGCACAGGAGCUGCAUAACUUCAGAGAUGUGAUGUGAAUGAUAGAACUGCUGAAGCAUUAAUAUCCAUUAAUGCAGACGUGAGUCAACAGCAAAUAUUGUGCUUUGUCUUCUUAAUGUAAUACAGUGGAUUGUUUGUUUUCUGUCUAAAAUAAACUAUUUUAAAUGA